CUUUGUUCCUCGUGCUACCGCUUCAAGCGCGUAUCGGAACCUACUUACUGUGCUUAUUGCUGUGCUUUCUGCCCCGCCAAAAGCUCCAAUACACCAUGUUCUAUUCCGAGACUCUUCUCCGGAAAAGCGGGCCUCUUGCCAGCGUCUGGCUUUCGGCUACCUUCGAGCACAAGCUCUCUAAGAAACAUAUUCUGCGAUCGAAUAUCGCUGAUAGUAUAGCGGUCAUUAUCACACCCAGCCAGGCGCCUAUGGCCCUGCGACUAAGCAGUCAGUUACUACUUGGUGUUGUUCGAAUUCAUCGGCGCAAAACGCGCUACUUGCUCGAUGAUUGUGAUCAUACUUGGGUAAGGAUGAAGAUGGCCUUCCGACCAAGCGUUGAGCAUGAUCUUCCUGCCAGCCGACAACUUCCUGAACGCGAAACACUCACACUUCCCGAUAAGGUGAUACCUUACGACGGUUUCGAGCCACCCCCUACUCUGGAUGUGAACUGGCUUCUGUCCCAGAUAGAGGAGGUAGAAAUAAGCCCAAUCGAACGCAAGCGUCGCGUCAGCUUACGUGACAUAUACUUACCAGAAGAAUUUAGUCCUAGUCCUGACCUUGGCUCGCAUGGGGAAGUGUUAGAGCCCAUGGAAGGCCUUGAUCUUGAACUAGAUUUUGGUAUUGAGCUUGGCCGAGAAGCGCCAGCUCCUCGCCCAUUUCAGGAGGAAAUGGUUAGCGAGCUAGAAGCCAUGCCGCCCGAGAAAGAGGGCGCUGAGCGCGAACCGUCUUUCGAACUAGGGUUAGCCGGGAUUCCGAUAGGUGGUGAGGAAUUCGAGUUCCACCCGGCCGACAUCAGUCGCGCUCGAAUCACCGAAUCCCCUCUCUCUGAGAUCGACGAAGCACUUGCUCAGGAGGUCGAGGCCGAGUAUGACGCGAUCCGCCAAGCUGAACUCCACGAGCCUGAAGAAGAACACGUUGUUAUGCGGCGGCCUGAGCAACGCACCAAGAGACAGAAAGUUUUGGUCCCCGAUGAGGAGAUUACUCUAUCCAGUGCCCAAAUUCGGGAGCAGCAAGCUAACCGUGACAAUAUUACUAAACCUACGGCAUUCCUCCCUCGGGACCCUUUCUUGGCCACUUUGUUAGAUAUGCAAAGAAGCGGUGGUUUCAUUUCCUCUAUUAUGAUGGAAGGACGAAGCUCCACGUGGGCACCCGAACUACGAAAGAUGCUCUCUCUAGAUACUAUCCAAGCGUCGAGAGAGCUAAAGCGGAAGCGCCCCAUUGAAGUCCCCGAAGUUGGGCCCGAAUACGGCGUUUCAAAGUCACCACGUCUAGAACUUGGCGACGAGACCAUGGCCGGUGAAGAAACAACUUUGGAAAUCCCCACCUUCGAGGAGAUCACUGCCCCUCUGUCUCCCCCUGCCGAACAACCCCCUAUCUCGAUAGCUACCGAACACGCCAUCCACAUUCUGCGAGACCAAUUCGGCCCUGAAGAUGCGAGCAGUCCCGGCAGGAGAGCGACCGCGUCUGUCGUCUUCCAAGACCUGCUCCCCGAGCAUCGGACCACCAAGGCCGAGGCUACUAAAAUGUUCUUUGAGUGCCUGGUGCUUGCCACUAAGAAUGCGAUCAAGGUUGAGCAGGGCCCAAGGCUGGGAGAUGAUAUCCGGGUGUGGGCGAAGGAAGGUCUUUGGAGAUGAGCCAAGUGAUAUGUGAGCGGCGAGACAUCGCAUCCAUCGGAGCAGUCUCCCAUACUGUUAAAAUACAAAGACUAC